AUGCUCGACCUUGAUCCGCAGGAGCUCGUGCGAUCUUGUGCAGAACAGUUCGGCAAGAAGCUCGACCCUGUCAAUUGCAUACAGUAAGCUUUGCAGCUAAAGAUAAAACUUGGCUUCGUUCAAAGAGCUUAUAAUAAUCUGGCGACGUAAUCGGAAGCUGUGUCAUUUGAGCCAAAUGCCUUGGAAACUUUUGCUUGAGAAAAUGCAAAAAGCGAAGAAUAGCUAACCUUUAUAUUAAUAGCGCAAGCUCCGGGAAGUUCAAAAAUGGACUAUAAAUACCGUUUUUGACCAAAGAACACUCUAGCGACCUCUGGCAGAGAGUUGAACAAAACAAUAUGUUUAAUGCAUGAAAGCUAGUUGCCGACCGACGUUCUCGCAGUUUUCUGGAGUAUGACGUCCCUGGCACGUGGCUCUUAAGGUCCCACAGCAGGCACAUGCUCGCCGGCAAGUUGCCGCAGAACGAACAGGGAAUUGAAGAGUGGGAAAUAGAAUUUUGCGACAACACAAGAGUCAGUGGAACUCAUCUUAUAUUCAUGCAAUUGCAGGGCAAUUGCGUCAAUCGACGUCUUCGAGUCACGUCAUAUCGAGCAAUGUUCUUCCGAUACAGGUAUCCGCUGAUUUUUAACCAUUGUCUCAUGAAAAGGAACAUUAAAAAAAUGAUGGUUUUCGUUUGAUUUUUUUUUUCUUUCAUACAAUCCGUUUUGUAUGCUUCGGUGAAUGUCCGCAUUUUUUUUUUGUUAUUUUAUCGAGGUGGCUGUUUUUAGAGUGCAAUUACUGUGCUUGCUAAGAAAGAACUUUGAAAACACGUGAUACGAAAAUGUCAAGGUAGCCUUUGUGAUAGCGUUUAAUUCUAACCUUGACAAAAUUUCUUGGAUCCUUUCUUCGAAUAUUUCAAGUUUCUAGAAGAUUGCACCUAACUUUUCAAGCAAACUUUGAAAAAAAGGUUUCAAGUAGUUCAAAAAUUAAUUAGGCCCUUACUAGUAGAGGAUUUUUUGGGUGAUCAAUGGCGUGUUGGAUGAACAAAGAGCGCGAUUAAUGAAAUAGGGGCAUCCCAGAAAAGAAGGUAAUCGGCCGCCUAUGCCAAACAGAAUAGCUCAUUUUGGCUCGCACUAAAUCAACAAACAUCUGAAUUUUUGGCUUGGUGACGGCGGAAUUGGAGGGAAGCACUGCUAUGGGUUGAAUUGAUGAUCUGAAUUUGCCCCAAAUACGAUUAAUUACGUUUUCAGAUGCGCCGUACUUCCGGCACAUUAUGAAUUUCUCGGCAGUUUGCAACGUGGUCGAAAUAAGUUUGAAAAAACUGCAAUUAGCUCAGAACAAAACCGAUUUUAGUGUACCUACAAUACGUGGUGCCACCUCUUAUGUUCUUGUGUUUGAUGGGAAACGUGCUGAAUCUGCUCAUCUACAGCCUAGCAUAUUUUGAUGGAAGUAGCUCAGUGCACUUUUUGCGGGCAAAAGCAAUUUUCAAUAUGAUUUUUGUUUUUUCCAGAGUUUUUGAGGUGAGGAAAACGUUAGCUGUUAACAAUAAAAAUCGGGGAGUUCCAGGUUUUGCACGCUUCAAGUCCUCAAGCCAUCUCCUGGCUUGAAACUCUUUUUUGGAAAACAAGACCCUACAUGAUGAUGAUUUCAAACAUUAGCGGAACGAUGUCCACUUGGUAGGUUUUAUUUGUUUGUAUCCAAAGAUAAAUAACCCAGAUACAGAAACGAAAAAAAUUGUUGCAGGCUGACUUUGAUGGUGACGAUGGAGACGGUAAUGUGUAUUCUGAUGCCUUUCGUCUUUAGACAGUAUUGUACCAAAAGGUUUUUUCUGUCGAAAGAAAAGAUUCAAAAAAGAAACUUUCAGGUUGACUUGGAUAUUUUUGGCCAUUUCUCUGCUGAUUUCCACGCUCCUUCACUUCACAAUAGUUCUUGUCACUGAUGUCCAAGAAGUUGUUCAAAUACGGCCUUUUGCACACGUCAGUUUUCGAAGUCUUGAAAUUUGAGGACUUGAAAACCGAAAAGAGAAUAAUUUCCAUUUAGACCGACUUUAAUCUUGCGACGGUAAUUGUUAUUGCUUGCCUGAGUCUUCAAAGCCACGUUUUUUUAAUCCUCCAUUCUUCAAAAAUUGAGUUCGCCUUUCGAGAGUCUCUCCUCGUCUCAGAGCCGGCAACUUUUGCAAUAGUGAAGAAAGAGAAAAAUACGAAAAUAUAACUUUUUUCGGGGAAAUCUCAAUUAUCAAAAUCUAUGCUUCCUAAAUAAAUUGCAAAUGUACUUGAUUUACGAAUGGGAUAAAAAGAUUACUUGAAAGUACUUCAGAGCGCUUUUUAUCGAAGCUUAAAAUUAUUUCUCUUUUUUUAUUCGACUUAGUUGUUGAUAUUUAAAAAGGCUGUUCAACUUUUUAAAAAGUUUUUAGCCAUAUACUUUUUCCAGAGGCACGACCCAAACUCGACUUGCUGGUUUGUCCAAACUGUCUUCCACGUGAGGAACAACCCUGACUAUGAGAUGUGGAGAAGGUUUUACGCCACAAUCACAAUGGCCGUUUCCAUCGUCAUUCCAACGGUGGCGAUGCUGGUCUGCACAAUCCUCAUCAUCAAGCAGUUCACCUUCAAGGUAUUUUCCGACUUUUAGGUCUCACAAUAUUCCAUGAAAAAAGAGCAGAUAUAUCUUCAAAUAUAAUCAACGUUUGACGUGAAAAUUUUAAGAAUUUGAGCCUUCUCGCCUUCAAAUCAAUUGACCUUGGUGCCACUAUAAAAGAAAAAAAAAUGGGAAAAAAAUAUCUGCGCCUAACGGGAAUAUAUGAGCCACUUUAUAGAAAAAGAUAAACUUCAAAAAAAAAGGAGGCCUCUCAAAUCAAAUGAUAUCUUUUGUUUGUUAGUUUUUCUAUUCUUUGACUACAUCUGGAAACCGAAAGUUUCACCUAACCAAUGCUUUCCUAAUUGUUCCCACGAAACGCUUCUUCUCAAGUCUUCGAGCUUCGGAGAAGAAUUCAUGACUUUUGAACUAGGCAAUUAUCGAGAGCCAUGUGGUUGCUAAUGAUCUUCGGCAUCUGCAUAUUUUCUUCUAAAAUUAGAGGUUGCUUCAGAAUAGCAUUUUCUGAAAACGAGAAGAAGUCGAUUAGCACUUUUUGCUUGCCCUUCGGUUCGCUUUAUGGAUGAGUAGGAAGAGAGUACUGAAUUGCUUAUUUUGGUUCGGUGCGGAAUAGCUAUUCAUAUAAGCACAUCCGUGGAAAAACAAAAAUAGAGUUAUAUCUAGGGAAAUGCAAAAGUACACACUUAGGGAUUUUGAGGAGACAGAUCUCCAGAAAUCAUUUAAUUUAACGCUUAUUGUGAUGGUUUUUUGCCACAAUCGUCAGAAGCAAAUAGUUCUAUGUACUUCAUAUUUUAUGUAGUGAAAUUUAAAUCAAAAAUAUUACACGCUCAAGAACUUUCAGAAAACCUCUUUUUUUAAAUCUCAGAAAAAAUAAAAAUUUCAAACCUUUCAAAGCGGCUAGAAACGAAAAAAAAAAUUUUACUCAGGCUCAAAUUAAUUUCUUUAUUUUGUAUUUCUUCCUGUGAUCUUUAUUUCGACAAAUCAAUCAAAAGGAGGAAUUAUGAGAGAUAAACGUAGAAGAUUAAGACUUUUUCUUCCAUAUGAAUGAACACCCUCACUUUGUUUUCAUAAUAAUACACCGAGAUAAACAUGUUGUGACAAAAAACAAAAUAAUUAUGAUCGCAUUAGCUAUAACUAAUCCCUUGCACUGAGUGGUGGCUUCAACCAUGAGAAAAAACCCGAUUUGUUUGUGACAAUAAACCAAUGAACAAAAAUGAAAAAGUUAUGAGGUGGCGAGAUAAUUGAAAGCAGUUUUUGUUUUCAGGAACUGGGGGAAGCUUUUUCGCAAAGAAGGAAAUGUGUGAUCCGGAUGACCGUUGCCACGACUCUUUCCCAUCUUCUUCUCGAGGGUCCAGCAACUUUGACCCACGCGGCCAGCGCAGUUCAGGUCAGAACUCCUCAAUUUGAAAGUAAAUUAUCAAGUUUGUGCUCUCACCAGGAUCUAAAUUCAUGUUUUUAGUAUUUUCAACACACAUUCAGCUUUUCUUUCAUUCUUCAAAUACUCUCAGCACUUGAAUUGAGAUUUUCCUAACACCUUAAAAAUUCCUGAAAAUCUACUCGGGUGUCCCAAAUGAAGUACCUAAGAAUCUCGUUCUGCACAACAUCCUUGUUUUCAAAAACUAAUGAUUUUUCGUUGUCGGAAAAGUGUCAUUUUUAAAAAAUUGCGAGAACAUCCCAGAAGUUUUAAGGAUCCGCCCAAGAUCACCUAUUGCUUAUCAAACCCUAAGAGAAACCGAAAACUUUUAGAAAGUUUUUGUUUGCUGCUUUUCAUUUCAAGUUAUGAUGAAAUCUUCAUAACCCCUUGGGCUAAACGAAAGUUUGCCUAAAUUUAUCCGCAAUGCAAAUAUGCAGCCUCGGCUAUUUACUUUCCUGAAAGAGCAGAGAUUUAUUGCUUCCAAAUAACGAACUGAAAAAGCCUCUUCCUGUUUUUCUUUCGAGCUUCAUUCACGGAGAUCGAAUUCAACGGAAUAACCAUUUCAGGGAGAAGACUACAGCUUGAUGCUGUGCGUCCUGAAUCACGGCAACAAUUUGCUUUCGCUCGUCAACGCGACGAUUCCGUUUUUCGUUUUUCUUCUCUACAAUGAACAGUUCCGGCACAUGACAUGCAUGUAUCUGAAGGUGAAUAAUCAGUUAGAUAACAUUUAUCAAAGUUUCAACCCUCAAAACGCACUUUUGAAAAAAGUAAUUGUAAUUCAGAAAAUCUAAUUAAAACGUAGGGGAAUGAACUGUUUGAAAAAGAAGAUAUGUAGGUUGAGAUUCUGAGGAUUUUUCUCAAGUAUGAAAAAUAUCCAUAAUCCAAAAAAAAAACCUUUUUGUGAGAAAAAAUAUAGUUUAUUCUGGCAAACUCUGAAUAGUUUAUAUUUCCAGGCCUUGAUGCAAACGGACAAAGCGAAGCGGAAAGCGUUUUUGUCGCAGGCGGCAAUGCGUUGUGGAAGGGUCUCCCGCGUCGAAACUGAACGAUCCUUCGUGGAAACUCGCCUUUAUUCCAAAGGAUCUAACGUCUGA